AUGUGUGUUUAUGCACAGAUUUUCGAGGACAUCAACCUCAAACAUAUAUGUUUUCGUAAUACUUUAAAUGUUGUACAUUUUUACAUUAUUGACGCAUCUAUCUAUCUAUCUAUCUAUCUAUCUAUCUAUCUAUCUUGUCUGAUUUAUAUCUAUCUAUCUAUCUAUCUAUCUAUCUAUCUAUCUAUCUAUCUAUCUAUCUAUCUAUCUAUCUCAAUCUAUAUCAUUUCAUUCGCAUUCUUUCUUUCUAUUUCACUUUCUUCAUUUCAUUGUUUCUUUUCUUUCUUUCUUUUUCUUUCGUUCUUUUUCGUUCUUUCUUUCUUUCUUUUUCCCUUUCUUCAUUUUAUUGUUUCUUUUCUUUUUUCUUUCUUUUUCUUUCGUUCUUUUUCGUUCUUUCUUUCUUUCUUUCUUCCUUUUUUCCUUCAUUUUAUUGUUUCUUUUCUUUCUUUCUUUCUUUCUGUCGUUCUUUUUCGUUCUUUCUUUCUUUCUUUUUUCCUUUCUUCAUUUUAUUGUUUCUUUUUUUCUUUCUUUUUCUUUCGUUCUUUUCGUUUCUUUUUCUUUCUUUCUUCCAUUUUUCCUUUCAUUUUUUUCUUUUUUUUUUUUUUCUUUCUUUUUUUUUUUCUUUCUUUCUUUUCCCUUUCAUUUUUAUUGUUUCUUUUUUUUUUCUUUUUUUUUCUUUUUCCUUUCUUUCUUUUUUUUUUUUCCUUCAUUUUAUUGUUUCUUUUUCUUUCUUUUCUUUCUUUUCGUUCUUUUUUUCUUUCUUUUUCUUCAUUUUAUCUUUCUUUUUUUCUUUUUUUUUUUUCGUUCUUUUUCUUUUUCUUUCUUUUUUCUUUUCCUUCAUUUUAUUGUUUCUUUUCUUUCUUUCUUUCUUUUUUCUUUCUUUUUCUUUCGUUCUUUCUUUCUUUUUUCCUUUCUUUCUUUUUUUCUUUCUUCAUUUUAUUGUUUCUUUUCUUUCUUUCUUUCUUUUUUUUUCUUUUUUCUUUUGGUUCUUUCUUUUCUUUCUUUUUCCUUUCUUUCUUUUUUUUUUUUUUUUCUUUCUUUUUUCAUUUUUUUGUUUUUUUCUUUUCUUUUCUUUCUUUUUUAUUGUUUCUUUCUUUCUGUCGUUCUUUUUCGUUCUUUUCUUUUUCUUUCUUUUUUCCUUUCUUCAUUUUAUUGUUUCUUUUCUUUCUUUCUUUCUUUCUUUCUUUUUCUUUCGUCCCUUUUCGUUCUUUCUUUCUUUCUUUCUUUCUUUCUUUCUUUUCCUUUCGUUCCUUUUCGUUCUUUCUUUCUGUUUUCCUUUCUUCAUUUUAUUGUUUUUCUUUUCAUUUUAUUGUUUCUUUCUUUCUUUCUUUUUCUUUCGUUCUUUUUCGUCUAUGCCGGCAUUUUAACUACCCAUCCCAAUGUAUUCCUAUCUAUCUAUCUAUCUAUCUAUCUAUCUAUCUAUCUAUCUAUCUAUCACUGUUGCCUUAA